AUGGUGAAGGUUCUGGAUGCUGUGAGGGGAAUCCCAGCAGCCAAACUGCCAGUAAAGGUGUUCAAAAAGAGUGAAGACAAGGGCUGGGAUCUGGUCUCUUCUGGAAUUACAUCAGCUGAAGGGGAAAUCCAUAACCUCGUUAUUGAAGAACAGUUUGUAGAAGGAAUUUAUAAGCUGGAAUUUGCAACUAAACCAUUUUGGAGCAAGCUUGGCCUAUCUCCAUUCCAUGAAUACGUUGAUGUUGUGUUUACUGCGAAUGAUGCUGGACACCGCCACUACACCAUUGCUGUGCUCCUCACUCCGUUUUCCUUCUCUACAACUGCUGUGGUCAGUGACCUCAAGGAAGGCCAUGUUUAA